AUGUCAUCUGCUUCCAUUAAAGAGUUCCAACAUCUCCGAAUUUCACUCCAAGAUUUAAAAUCCGCGACCAAUGAUUUUGCGGAAACCAACUGUAUCGGGCGUGGUGGGUUCGGAAAAGUUUAUAAAGGGGAAAUAUUCCUUAGUGGCGUGCUCAACGCGGUUGCUAUAAAACGAUUAGAUAGAACAUUUGGACAAGGAACCCCUGAAUUUUGGAAAGAGGUACUGUUUCUUUCUCAAUAUAAACACGAAAAUCUUGUCUCCCUCUUAGGCUUUUGUGACGAGAAUGGUGAGAAUCUUCUUGUCUACAAGUAUCUAUCUAACAGAAGCCUCGACUUAUACCUAAAUAGUGUCAAUCUCUCGUUGAGUCAACGCCUUGUCAUAUGCGUGGAGGCAGCAAUGGGAUUACAGUAUCUUCAUGAACCUCUGGAGGGGAGCCAACAAAGAGUAUUACACCGAGAUAUCAAAAGUGCAAAUAUAUUGUUGGAUCAUAAUUGGAGAGCUAAGAUAGCAGACUUUGGUUUAUCGAAACUGAGUCCCGCUAACCAACAAUUUAGUUUUGCUUAUUCUGGAGUAGUAGGUACAAUGGGCUAUUGCGAUCCCGUAUAUGCCCAAAAAGGCUUCUUGACAAAAGAAUCUGAUGUAUAUUCUUUUGGUGUGGUUUUGUUUGAAGUUCUUUGUGGAAGACCAAGUGAACAAAAUUAUUACUCGUAUAAUGAUAUUCGCAGAUAUCUCAUUGCAUUGUCACGGGAAUGCUACGAAAAGAAGAAAAUGUAUUCAAUUAUUCACGUUGGUCUACAAGGUCAUAUUUCCUUAAAGUGUUUGGAAAAGUUUUCAACAAUAGCAUAUCGAUGUACACACAUAGAACGUGCAAAACGACCAACAAUGGAUGAAGUCGUGAAAGAGCUUAAAUUUGCAUUGCUUGAUCAAGUCCGUUUUGAAAUAUUCUCGUUAGCAGGUUCGUGUAUGCCCUCUGAAUGUGGGGGAAUGAGAAAUCGAACGGGUGAAAUGGGUGAUUCUUUAGCAUGCCUAAACGAAUCUAUUGUUGGAGAUCAUGUUGUCGGGCAACAAGUAGCCGAUAAUGCAGUGCCGGUACUUUUUCUUGUGUUUGGAUCAUAA